GGUAAUGUGUUAGUGAUGUUUUAAUUGUUUGUUUCGCAUUUGUAAACAGCGCGCUUUAUUGUUAAUUGUAUUCACUUGUCAGUCGCUUCGAUUCGCGCGAACAGAUGACAUCUUAUCAAAUCAUCAUGAUUAGUGCGAUCCUCCGUUUUUCUUGCUUAUUUAUAACAUUAGUCGGUAGCUCGGGCAAGGAAACCAAAAUGAAGCCGUUACGAGACUCGUCAAACGACGCUCUAUGGAAGGAGUACGAACAUGAAUUAAACGACGCUAUGAUGUACACCAAAAAGCGUGAAAAUGUGACCAGGCAGGCGGACACAGAGGCGGUUAUAGAGAAAAUUAUGGACACUAUUACAUCUAGCGAAAAGUACUUAAAAAAAGUUGAUAGCAUCGAUUACAAGCUUAAUCGAUUGGACAUCGAAGUUCAUGAUAAAACUAAUGACAUUCUAAAAUAUCUGGGAGAAAUAAUGAAAUCGAUCCGAGGACAAGGUUCAGUGUUCAAGGCGGGAUCGAUGAUGGAUCACCUGACGGAGGAGGUGGGCGCCGUCAAGAAGAUGCUGAUGCUGCAGGGCGCGCCGCGCUCCGGCGCACCGCCGGGUUAGUUACCUAGUCCUGGCCUGGCGCCUGCCGCCCCGCCCCCGGAGCGCGCCGACUCGGGGCUGGAGCAGCGGCUGUCGCUGCUGGAGGCGGCGGUGCGCGCGGCGGCGGCCGGCAUCGACACCAUCACCACCACCAUCGCGGAGGUCAAGAGCCGCCCCCACGCCUUGAAGGAACAUAAAUCGGACUCAAUAGACGCUUCGAGCCUCAUCUCUGAAUUCCGACGGACUUUACAGGAGCAGAAAUCAAAAAAAUGUGAUUGCAAGUCUGCUCGCGUCGACCGCUCAGAGCGGUAUCCGUUGGACUGCUAUGAGAUCCAGAUGCAGGGCUUCAACGUGUCCGGUAUCUUUAAGAUACGCCCCGACGGCAUGGAGCCUUUCUACGUGCUGUGCGACCUCACCACCGCGGGCGGUGGCUGGACGGUAUUUCAAAACCGUUUCGACGGUUCUCAAGACUUCUACAAAGGUUGGGCUGACUACAAGUACGGGUUCGGUAACCUCGCGGGCGAGUUCUGGCUCGGGCUGGACAAGCUGCACUACCUCACCAACCAGAAGCUGUACGAGCUGCGCGUCGAGCUGGAGACGCAGAACGGCCACGAAGCCUACGCCGCCUACUCCGUGGUGACUAUCGGCCCGGAGUACGAGGGGUACAGAAUGAGUACCCUGGGGACAUAUUAUGGGACGGCGGGUGAUUCUCUAUCGUACCACGCCGGUCAGAAGUUUUCCGCUAUGGACAUGGACCACGACGAGUGGAAGGAUGGGUCGUGCGCGGUCGAGCAUGGCGGCGCCUGGUGGUACAAGGAAUGCGACAAAAGUAAUCUAAAUGGAUUAUACGUGAAUUCUGACGAGAGGCGCGCACACACCAUCUACUGGAUCUCGUUCAAGGGCCCCAGCCUGCCGCUCACGCGCACCAAGAUGAUGAUCCGGCCGCUGCCCGCGCGCCGCCCCGUCGACUACCCCGACCAGAUCCGGCACAUGGCGGAGAUGCGCAGCGAGGUGCAGGGAGGCCAGGUGAAGCCGGCCCACGGCAAGGGCGUGAAGAUCAAGCCGCGCCGGCCCGAGUACCGCGUCGGCCAGUCCGCCGCCAGCGACGCCUUCUACGCGGGCUACGCAUAG